GAGCCAGAUUUAAGCCACGGCCAAGCCAACGAAAGAAAUCAACCGAUCGUACGUGAACGGUUAAAUAGCCAGAAGAAUCACCAAAGAAGACUCACGUUGUUUACUCCCGAAGUACUCCGUCCGAGUAUGGCUAAUAGCAACAAAGAAUUGGCCACGCGAUAGGCCAAAAGCGACCAGUGGGAAAAAAAAUUAAGUAACUGAAAGGAACAAAUCCCGGUUCGUCCCUAGGAAGCCAGCCGCCAAUUUAUCUCACGCCCUUCAAAUCGCAGUCCUGGAAAUGGUAAAUCUCCUGCGGGGCCGAGUCUCGACCACUUCAUGCCGAGGAGCUGGCAUGCCACCACCAGACCCGGUCGGGAAUAGUAGCCCGCUUGGAGCCACGCUUAACGAGGGGCCUUUCCCCCAAAGCAUUCAUUGUGCGGAUGGAGGCCAAUGAGUGGGAUGUGCAGGGCUGGUAUCUGAAUGGUAAAAGUUUGGCGGGGCGCGUUUUCCCAUCAAUCAUCACCCGAGGUGGAGAGUUGUCGACGAGUGGUCGCUGGGGUUAUCCAAGUGGGCUGGCCCCCCCGCAAUGGGACAAGCACGGAAAAGCCGCAUUAGCGGCCGGCCCGGGGGGUUUCUCUUUUGGAGCUACUGGAUGGGGAAAGGGACUUGGGAACCCCGGCAAUUCUUGAUUUGGGCUUUCUCAGUUGGCUGUUGGUUUUGGCUGGUUUUGGUUGGUUGGAGUUUAGUUGGAAGAGGACGCUGGCCAUACGAUGGAUCAAUCUGGUGGCUGACCAGGAGGAUUUACUCCGAAAGCUGCAGGCUGCGCGGCCGUGGUGUUGGUAUAUCUAGAACGUUUUUCCCUGCUCUCUGAACGGUGUGGAGGUCCCCAGAUUGCUUUUAAAACCCCCGGUCUCUUGCUGAUCGUGGGUCUUCUUGUGGAUUCUUUUGUCUUGGUGGAGUUCAUUCGACUCUUAGUGCUACGAGCAAGUCGUUCAUCAUGCGUCUCUCGCCGUCAUGGUACCAGUUCCUAGUCGGCGUGUUUGCCUCCCUGGGUUCAUUCCUCUAUGGAUAUGAUCUCGGUGUUAUUGCAGAGGUCAUUGUGUGUGACUCUUUCGUUUCCAAGUUUGCUGCCAACUCUACCCAGAGUGGCCUGGUUGUCUCCAUGUUCACCUGCGGUGCCUUCUUCGGUGCCGGCUUCGCCGGUCCCAGUGGUGAUUACCUAGGUCGACGCAAGACCAUCUCUCUGGGUUGUCUGAUGUUCUGUUUGGGAGGUUCUCUCCAAACCGGUGCCCGAACCCUGCCCUAUCUGUACAGCGGUCGAUUCUUUGCUGGUUUCGGUGUCGGUUUCCUGACCAUGGUCAUUCCUCUGUACCAGGCUGAGAUCUGCCACCCCAAGAUCCGUGGCCGAGUCACCGCGCUGCAGCAGUUUAUGCUCGGUGUCGGCGCCUUGUGCGCUUCGUGGAUCUCUUACGGCACGUAUAUCGGAUUCUCUUCGACCAACAAUGCUCAGUGGCAGGUUCCCUUGGGUAUCCAGAUUAUCCCUGCUGUCUGCCUGGGUCUGCUGAUCACUGUUUUCCCCGAGUCUCCCCGUUGGUUGAUUGAUCACAACCGCCCAGAAGAGGGUCUCAAGACCCUCGCCAAGCUCCACGCUCAUGGAAACGAGUUGGAUCCCUGGGUGCAGGCCGAGUACGCCCAGAUCCAGGAGAGCAUCACCUUUGAGCACGAGAACGAGGCCAAGUCGUACGUGGAGCUAUUCACGAACCGGUCUUCUUUCCGCCGACUUUUCCUCUGCUGUGCUAUUCAAGCCUCUAUUCAAAUGACCGGCGUCUCUGCGAUUCAAUACUACUCCGUCGACAUCUACAAGCAAAUCGGCAUCUCCGGCGAAGCCACCCUGCGCUACCAAGCCAUCAACUCCAUCAUCGCGCUCGUCGCCCAAUUCCUCUGCAUCCUCUUCAUCGACCGCUUCGGCCGUCGCUGGACCCUAAUCGGCGGCAACCUCGGCAACUGCGUCACGUUCAUCAUCGCAACGAUCCUCCUCGCCAAAUUCCCGCCUACGACGAUCAACAGCGGCGCCCAUUGGGGCUUCAUUAUCAUGACCUGGCUCUACAACUUCUCCUUCUCCGCAACCUGCGGCCCGUUGUCCUGGAUUAUUCCCGCCGAGGUCUUUGAUACCCGGACUCGAUCCAAGGGUGUCUCUAUCGCGACGGCUGUCUCGUUUGCGUUCAAUACGAUGAUCGGUCAGGUGACGCCUAUUGCGAUGGAAAACAUCAAGUAUCGGUAUUACUUUUUGUUCGUGAUUUGUAAUUUCACGAAUGCGGUCUUCUUUUAUUUCUUGUUGCCCGAGACCAAGAAGGUGCCACUCGAGGAGAUGAACUAUAUGUUCUCGCAUGCGCCGUGGUUUGUGCCGGGAAGUAAGAAGGAGGAUUAUUUGCCGCAUGACUUGGAGAGGAAGGUUGAGGAGCAGGAGGUUAAGCAGAAUGCGGUGCAUUAUGAUUAAAAAGGGGGGGGGGAGAGGUCGUUGGGAAGUGGGAGUUUGAGUUGGGAUUGUUCUGAAGAAGGAAGGGAAUGGGAGGGCGGUGUUGGAUUGAGGAAACCCAUGUGUGGAAUAAGACUGUUGCUCGUUGAGAUAUAAUACAUAUUCAUUCUGAAUCCGAGUCUGAUCCAUAUCCUACCAGUCCCAGCGCGGCCGGUGCUGGUUUAGCGGGCUGCUUAGUAUCCGUCGUAGUCGUUUCUGGUAUACUCGAAAGUGCCUUGGUCUCCGAUACACCCUUGACAGCAUUUACAGCCGUCGUUGGGCUGUAAGUGUUGGUCACAGGCGUAGACGUAGCCUUGGUAGCUGCUACCUCAUUCUUCGCCGUAGCCACGCCACUCUCGGUCAGCGAAGCUUUACGCUUCUUCCCCGGAAUUAACGCAUCCUUCCCCUUGUCCCUCCUCCUCUUCCUCGCAGGGAUAGCCCAGUCCUCCUCCUCCGCAGGCGCAGGGGUCACAUCCGAUGCGGUAGACCCCAACAUCGCCUUCUCCGCCUCCUCGCGCUGCUUCCGGAAGACCUCCAGCUGAUCGGCCGUAUCCUUCUUCACGGCCUCUUCCUGGGCGCGAGUGGACUCCAGCACCGAAUCUAGAAAAUCAAUUUCGUCUUCAUCCAGCGCGCGGAAUUGGUUCUUUAGCCGGAUCUUCUCUUCGAACUGUUCUUGUUUCGCCACUGUUCGUCACGAAAGUCAUCCUGACAUGUUAGCCGCGCGUCCCUAUAUUGGUUCGUCGUCUGCGACCGGCAUGUAGCCUAUAGCAUUG